GGCCGGGCGGCAGAGAGGUGCCUGUUAAGCACUCGGCGCAUUUAGUUGAUAAUUGACCAGCGACGUGGGCAGACGAGGAUACGAAUACACUUUGGGGCACACAAUCAUGAUCGCACAUUUGAGACACCUCACGAGGCUGGCCGGUCGCGGACACAGCCGCCUGGCCUCCUCCUCCUCCGCAUCCACAUCCUAUCUGAUCGAUCAGCCGGAGUACAGUUUCCUUAAGGAGCUGGGCCUGGAGCGUAACAAUCCCGGCGUCUACUCGGGCCAUUGGCAGGGGCGUGGACAGACCAUCACCAGCUACGAUCCCGGCACUGGCCAGGCCAUUGCCACAGUGCGUCAGGGCAAUGUCCAGGAGCUGCAGCAGACCAUCGGCCUGGGCGUGGAGGCCUACAAGCAGUGGCGUCAGGUGCCCGCCCCAGUACGUGGCGAGAUCGUACGUCAAAUCGGCGACGAGCUGAGGAAGUACAAGGAGCCACUCGGGAAGCUGGUCUCCCUGGAGGUGGGCAAGAUCUACAGCGAGGGUCAGGGCGAAGUGCAGGAGUUCAUCGACAUCUGCGACUAUGCGGUGGGUCUGUCGCGGAUCUACUCGGGCCAACUGAUCAACUCGGAGCGUGCCGAUCAUACGAUUCUGGAGGCUUGGCGUCCCCUGGGCCUUGUGGGUGUGAUCUCCGCCUAUAACUUCCCCAAUGCCGUUUUUGGCUGGAAUGCCGCCAUUGCUCUGACCACCGGCAACAGUGUGCUCUGGAAGGGCGCUCCCAGCACGCCUCUGGUCUCGGUGGCCACCACCAAAAUCGUUGCCGAUGUCCUGCGUCGCAACAACCUGCCGCCCGUCGUGACGCUCUGCCAGGGUGGCACCGAUGUUGGCCAGUCCCUGGUGGCGGACAAGCGCGUCAAUUUGGUCUCCUUUACGGGUAGCUGCAAAACGGGCCAGGAUGUGGGUGUGGAGGUGCAGCGACGCUUCGGCAAGGUGAUCCUCGAGUUGGGCGGCAACAACGCUUUGAUCAUUGAUUCCUCGGCUAAUGUGAAAAUGGCAUUGGAUGCGGCUCUGUUCGGCUGCAUCGGCACCAGCGGACAGCGCUGCACCACCACCAGGCGCAUCAUUGUCCACGAGCAGCUGCAUGACCAGUUCGUGACGUCUUUGGUGGCCAAGUACAAGCAGCUGAUACCCAAGAUUGGACACCAGUUGGAUGCGCAGACGCUGGUGGGGCCCGUGCACACACAGCAGAAUGUGGAUAGCUACAGGACCACCAUUGAGGAGGCCAAGGCCUUGGGCGGAACUGUGGCAUUUGGUGGCAAGGUUCUGGAGCGAUCCGGAUACUAUGUGGAGCCCACAAUCAUCACGGGACUGGCUCACGAUGCCAGCGUUGUGCAUCGCGAAACGUUCGCACCCAUCGUGUAUGUGCUGAAGGCAAAGAAUGUCGACGAGGCCAUCUCCUGGAACAACGAGGUCGAGCAGGGUCUCUCCUCGGCCAUCUUCACCGAGAACAUCAGUCAGGCGUUCAAGUGGAUCGGUGCACGGGGCUCCGACUGCGGCAUUGUGAACAUCAACACCACCACAAAUGGAGCUGAAAUCGGCGGAGCGUUCGGUGGAGAGAAGGCAACCGGGGGCGGUCGAGAGUCCGGCUCGGAUGCCUGGAAGCAGUACUGCAAGCGGGCAACCAUCACAGUCAACCAUUCCGGCGAACUGGCCUGCGCCCAGGGCGUUGUCUUCAAUGUGGAGUAGAAGAGAUGUUCGAUUUAAAAGCUUUCCUAUAUUGUUAGAAAUGUUUGUAAAAUAUAAAUGUAAUGUCCAAUGAAAA